CUUCAAAGCCCUUGAGUUAUAUCUGUGAGAUUGAUUGAGGUAUCCAAAUUGUGUUAGCAAAUAUUAAGUAACUUAUCAACAAUGCUAUUAAACUAGGCUGCGCCGCAUUCUACAGCGUGUUAGAAUUGUAUCUGCCAUACUAGGACUCCUACUAGGACUGAAUACGACGGACCAAAGGAAUUGUAACCACUUUUUAGGGGCCCCCGGGAUUGCUUCAACGUUUAAAAUGGCGGACGCAGAGAGCAACACUAAGAGUCCAACAAGCGAUACGGAGAAGUCUCCACUGUGCACAAAGAUAGAGAAGCGGGUAUUUGCCGCAGUUGUUGUGGUGUUUUGUUUGGGCAUUGCGCUCAUAAUCGGGUUUCAGAUAUCGGCUGCGAAUACACCAGUCCAGGCAACUAGUACAGCUGCGUCAAGUCCAGAACGAAAACCAAGAGAACUGGCGUUCUUUGACGUCACCAUCGGCGGCGUUCCGGCAGGUCGGAUCGUGUUCGAGCUUCGGUUCGACGUCGUGCCGAGAACAGCCGAGAACUUCCUGUCGCUGUGCACGGGAGAACGGGGAAUAGGACAAAGUGGAAAGCCACUUCACUACAAGGGAAGCCGCUUCCACCGCGUCAUUCCAAAUUUCAUGGCGCAAGGGGGUGAUUUCACAACUGAAGACGGAAUGGGAGGGGAAAGCAUUUACGGAGAGGACUUUGCAGACGAGAAUUUCGUGCUGAACCACACUGGUCCGGGCGUGCUGAGCAUGGCAAACGCCGGGCCCGACACUAACGGUUCCCAGUUCUUCAUCACGUUCGUGGUGACCGCCUGGCUAGAUGGAAAACAUGUGGUGUUCGGGAGAGUUGUGGAGGGAAUGGACGUUUUGUACCAGAUCGAAGCUGUCGGUUCCCAGAGCGGUGCUACAAGUAAAGACGUCAUCAUCGCAGACAGUGGGCAUCUCAGUCGACUUCCUAGUUAAAACAGUGUAUCUGAUAUUUGAAGAUACAAAUACCAACAUAUAAGAACUGCCCAGCUACCCACCAGAUAUAAAACCCUUGUUAUGUUUUCUAGUACUUUUGUUCACCUUAUGUUGUACUUGUAGUGUUUGGCCGCAAGGCAAAAAGGUGAAAAGCUCAGUUUUUUUUACCUGCGCUUGACCCUGUCAUGUAGCUUUACCAUGCUGGCAUUUUGUAAAAUCUAAGCAUAGUUCUAUAGGAUUUCUGAAUAAAAUUUCACAAUAAAAAGCAACCUCAUGACAAA